CUUCGACGCGAACUGCAUACACUUGAUACGUUUUAAUCUAGAACGCUGCUUGCUAUUGCACAUCAGAGAGGCACUUCUCUAUCCUUGGGGGCACUUACAGGGGACUUCAACUAUAAACGACCUGUAAUUAAGCAGUGCCGUCACUUUCGGCCCCGCUCCCCACUUCACCCCGCCAAACCAGCUCCGAGAGAUUGAUUGACUCACCAACGCUUCGAAAAUUCCCCUCCAAAGAUCCUAGGAUUGGGAAUAGUAUCAUCUCAACUCCAAAUACCUACUCACCGGCGUUUUACACACACUUUAUUAUGGCUACGGUCGAUACAACAGCCGCUGCUCCGGCUGAGCAACCUCAGGCUUCUUCAACCUCGGAUUUCGAUAUCGUCGAAACAUAUCGAGGCCUUCUUGCUUCAGACCCAUACCUCACCAAGCCCGUCGCCGCCAUCGAGUCCCUAAUCGCUCUUCUUAACGCCCACCCUUCUACCACCGUUUUCGAGAUCCUCGACACCGUCAAAGCGCACUCCGAUCGUCUCAAAGCCUCCGUUGCGAACCCCGUACCCCUUUCCGCCGGAACCGAUCUCUUUCUUCAGUAUCUCGUCUCGUCACUUCGUCAACAGGAUGGCAGCUUCGAGGCCGUGAGGCAACAUCUUCUCCGAAACGGACGCCUCUUUGCCCAGCGUGCUAAUGCCGCGCGAGAAGGCAUUGCAGAUGCAGGAUGGAGGCUGAUUCACGAGGGCCAAUGUAUUCUCACACACGGCGCCUCGCGAUCAGUUGUUGGAAUUCUGGAGCGUGCGGUGCAGAACCUCGGUGCAGCCAAAUUCAAGGUUAUCUACGUGCGCGAGGAAACCCGUGUUGAGGAGAGUGAUCGCAUAGUGCGCGAGCUUCGCUCAAAGGGUAUUCCCGUUGCCGAGAUCGCAGAGGCUUCAGUGGCUUAUGUCAUGGGUCUUCUGCGCCAGGUCGAUAUGGUGAUUGUGGGUGCUGAGGCUGUCACAUCCAACGGCGGUAUCAUCUCUCGAAUGGGUACACUUCAGCUUUCUAAGCUGGCUGCUCAAGCUGGUCUCCCGUUCUACGUUGCUGCCGAAACACACAAGUUUGCGCGCAAGUUUGUCAUGGAUCAACGGGAUAUUGGCUUUAAGCAGGAAAUCCUGGACUUCAGUGUUGAUAACAAGAGUAAGGAUAUAGUCGAUGCUGUCGACUUUACCCCCCCUGACCUCAUUUCCAAGCUCAUCACAGAGAAUGGGAUUAAGCUUCCUGGCUAUGUGUUUGAGCAGCUUCUCGAUAUCUAUGGUAGUCUCAACGGUUGAGAGAAAUGGUCAAAGCACUGGCAGCGCCGCGUCCAUUCUAAUGUUAGAGUCAGAAUGGUGUGUUUUCAUUCAUUGACCUAAUUAUUUGGAACAAUUGCACUAUUAUCAAGAGCCUUCACGAAACAUGAGCUCAUGACGGUUUGGGAACAGGAUGAAAACUCCUUAUUAUGGCUGAUUUCACAAGUGUCACCCUGAAAUUUGGAACGGAUAUACAUAAUGAUUGAUAUCCUAAGGCAUGACGUUGCAAGAGACAACAUUUGCUAUCAUCACAGAGUAGCUGGUUUCGGUAAGGAGUUCAAAACAUAGGAGUAAAAUAGAGAUGGACAUGAAUAAUACAUUUGCUUCCUCAGGGAGUGACUAUCCUCCUUCAGAUUCCUCUCGUAGCAACCUGGGCCCAUAUAAAUAAUCGAACUCCAGUAGUUCAUAAUCCGUCCCAACGGCUCGUUUAUAACAUGAAACCAUUCGUAUAUAUAGGAACAAAUGCUCUAGUCUAGAUGCCUAAACAUCUCGGACCAAUCUGGCUCCCACCCAUGCGUAGGGAUAGUUCCUCUGGUACCAGUUGACGAAACUAGCUCGUCCUGCAAUGCGUGGAUGUGUGGCCCACGAACCACCCAAGACGAUGUUAUGCUUGCCAUCGAAGAAAUCAGUCGUGUAGAGAGGAUAGAGCGACAUGGGCUCAAAACCCUCAUGUCGAUCAAGUGAUGAGCUCGUCCAUUCCCAGACGCCGCCCAUCUCCGACUGGCCCGCAAGCUUGUUGCCUCGGGAAGUAACCGGCAUAGGAUGCCAGUGACGGAAACCAACGUUGGCUUCCGCAAGAUCAAAGAAUAGCUCGGAAGAGCUAUCCUUGACCAAAGCGGAGGAGUUGGAUGGCGGGGUCUCUUCAACGCCGUCGUUGACAAGGUGACUGCCACUUAUUAUUCUUGGAAGAGUAAACGAUUUCGAUGGACUUACCCAUUGACUGCAGG